GUGUUCUAAAGAAACGUUAAUUAUAGAAUUUCAUAAUAGAAAUUUAUAAUUUAAAUAAAGAAAAAAAAAAUUAUUUGAAAAUUUUUAAUAAAUUUCAAAAUAUAGAAAAUUUAAUAGAAAAUAUUAAUAUAAAAAAUAAUAACAGUAGAAGUGGUUUUUAAUUAAAAUCAAUUUAAUAAAAAAAAAAAAUUAAUAAAAAAUAAUAAAUAUGUUUCAUAAAAUUAAAAUAAAAUUUUUAAUAUUCUUAGUUGUUCAUUGUUGUACAAUUAUAAUUAAUGCUGCUCCCAAAAAUCGUACAUGUUAUCAAUAUCCUGAACAUUUACCAAAGGAUAAUCCAGAUUUCGAUUAUGAUUAUCUUAAUGAUUCACCAUAUGGAUCAGAAGCAGCAUAUAUUGAUGAACCAAGAAUAAUAACAUGUGAAGCUGAAUAUGAUUUUUGUUAUUCUGUUUGGAAAACUGAUGAAAAUGGAACAAAGGUUAUAAUCCGACAAGGUUGCUGGCAACAAAAUGCUAAUACCGCAACACAAUGUAUUCAAGAAGAUUGUCAAGGAAGUGUUCCAAAAAAAGAUUUAUACUAUUGUUGCUGUAAUACAGAUAAUUGUAAUAGGAACGUAACUGAAGUUAGCCCUAAACAGUCUGGUGUUAUAUCAAAUGGAACAUCAAGUCCUGUUACAUCAGAUUAUAGACCUUUAUGGUUAUCACCAAUAUUUCUAAUAUGCAUUUCUUUAUCAUUUAUUCUCAUAUCAUUAGUUGCAUUUUUUGUAACAUGUCGUCAAGGUGUUGCACCUGGACCGGAAACUGCACCACUUUCACCUUCAGGACCUGGAUAUAGUUCCAAUUUACAUAAUGUUGAUAAUUUAAAAGUGCAAUCAUUGAUAGGUCAAGGAAGAUAUGGUACAGUAUGGAAAGGAUUAAUUAAUGAGGAAGAAGUUGCCGUUAAAAUUUUUCCAGCUCAACAUAAACAAUAUUUUAUAAAUGAAAGAAAUAUUUAUUCGACAGCUCUAAUGGAUUCACCUUCAUUGCUUCAAUAUUUUGGAUGUGAUGAAAGACGAAAUCUGGAUGAUAAUCUUGAAUAUUUCUUAGUAUUGUCAUUAGCUCCAUUGGGUUGUCUUCAAAGUUGGCUUAUGGAAAAUACACCAAAUUAUGUGACAUUUGUAAAAAUGGCAAAAUCAAUUUGCCGUGGCUUAUCUCAUUUACAUACGGAACUUCAGCGUGGAGAUGAAUUGAAACCAUGCAUUUGUCACAGGGAUUUAAAUACUAGAAAUAUUCUUGUUAAAUCGGACUUAAGUUGUUGUUUAGCUGAUUUUGGUUUUGCUCUUAAAACAUUCGGAUCACGUUACGAAUAUAAAGGUGAAAUGGCUUUAGCAGAAACAAAAAGUAUUUCAGAAGUUGGUACCUUACGUUAUAUGGCACCUGAAAUUUUAGAGGGAGCUGUAAAUUUACGUGAUUGUGAAACGGCAUUAAAACAAAUCGAUGUAUAUUCAUUAGGUUUAGUAUUAUGGGAAUUAAGUGUUAGAUGUCAAGAUUUAUAUCCACAAGGUCAAACUGUUCCUUCAUACAAAGCGCCAUAUGAAGCUGAAAGUGGAAAAAAUCCAACAUUUGAACAAAUGCAAGUUUUAGUUUCAAGACAUAAAGCGCGUCCAUUAUUCCCACCUGGUUGGGGUGGUGGUCAAGCUGGAAAAAUUACCAAAGAUACAUGUGAAGAUUGCUGGGAUCAUGAUGCAGAAGCUCGUUUGACAGCAUUAUGCGCAGAAGAAAGAAUACAUGAAUUAUCAAAUAUUAGGCCUAGAUCACAUAUUAGUAGAGGUCCUAGUCCACCUUUAAGUGCAAAUAAUUUAGUUAUUAAUAAUAAUUCUCCAUCAAAGUUUCGCAGUAUUUCGUCAUCGAAUUCAUAUAACUCAUCUGACAUUACAACAACAACGUCAACAACUAAUACUUCAAAUGGUAUAUUAUAUAAUCAGCAGCAAAAUUCUUUAGCAACCGCAAAUUCUCAUAAUAAUCAUAUGCUUCCGAGAGUAAAAAGUUAUAGUAGCGAUACAGGAUCAACUGUGGUUAGCUUAAAUUCACCAAUUAUACAUGUCCAUCAUAAUGGUUUUGCAAAUGGUGUUGGUGGUGCAGCAGAAAAGAAUCAUAUUAUGGUGGCACAACAAAUUCAACCAUACCAAGGCCGUAAUCCAUGUCAAGAGAGAAAUCUUGCCCCAGCCAAUAGAAAGCAACAUCAAGUUCUUGUUGAAAAAAGUAAAAAACAUAGUUUUAUAGAAAAUGCAAAUGAAAAUAGUUUUUCAUGCCUUGAAGAUGAUGUAUCUGUUGAAGACUUAAUAUCAAAUAAUUCACAUAAAAUAAUUGAAGAAACUUCAAUUAUGGGCGAAGGUUUCCCAAAACAGAACAAUACUGAUAAAAAACUAAAAGGCUGGUAUGGAGUAAGAGCCUUAAUACAAAAGAAACUAUUUCGAAAGGAUUCCGGUAUAUCAUCCUCAGCAUAUAAUGACGAAAAAUCGAAUUUAGUUGAUAAUCGAUUAACUAGUAGAAUUAUAGCGUCACCAACCAAAGAUAUAACAGUAAAUUUUAUUGACGGAAGAAAUCGUUACCAUCAUAAUUACAAUUUAAAUAGUAGCAAUAAUAUUAUUCAAAUGAUUGUAGAACCAACAACAAUGACAACAACCGCAAUCUCAUCGAAUUCAUCUUCAACUCGUCGCCCAAGUAAUUUAGAUUUAACACCAAUAACAGUUCGUGUUAAUGGUUUAUCACCGGAAAAUAAUAAAUCGAAUUUAAUACGAAAUAUUUCAGAUGAUAUGAAUUCAAAAUUUAGAAAACAACAUACUGUAUCUCCAAAUAAUAUUCUUAAUUCAAAUAUUUAUACAAAUAAUAAUAACAAUAUCAAUAGUAAUAAUAUAAAUCAUCAUAAUUCAAUAGGAACACCAAUUACAUCACAAUUCAUAUCCACAAAUGAAUCAUCAAAAUCUUCAUCGUCAUCAUUAAAAACAAUGAAACCAGUUGCAAUUAGUUUAACACAAACAGCAGAAUCACCAUGUACAAUAGGAAAUGUAAUUGAUUCAACUACAAUACAACCACCUAGAUUAGUUAUUAGCAAUUCAGCAAAUGCUGUUAAAAAUUUAAAUAAUUCAAAUAGUACACCGGGAUCAAUUAGAGCUUCAACAAUGAUGAUUAAUGAUGAUACAAAAUUGACUCGUCAAAGAAGUUUAGAAAUUUUUAAAGAAGUAUUUAGCGGUAAAGGUAGUACAGAACAUUUAAGAGAUCCUAGUCAACGAAUUAAAACACCAGGUGAUGUACCAAAAUCUGUUCGAAAAAUUCGUGCUUCAAAAACUUUAAGUUUAUAUGAUGAUCGUAUGAUGGAUUCUUCAACAAUGAAUGGUCUAUAGCAUGAAGAGGUUCUGUUGUUGUUAGAGCUUUAAGAAUUAUAUAUAUGAAAUUUGUUUAAUUUUAUUAUUUGAAAAUAACAUAAAGUUAGUCAGUUCUAUGCUAUCGAAUUAAUUUUUCUUUUUUAUUUAAGAAAAUUUAUAAUUAAAUAUGAUUUUAAAAUGAACAAUAUUAAUUUAAUAUACAUACCUUUAAGACCCCUCUCUUAAAUACCUUUUUACAGAAAUUUCAGUACUAUUGCAUUACCUUUAUAACUUUUUUUUGUAUUCAUGUAAAUUUUCAAUCCAAAAACAACAAAAAAGGAAUCAGAGGAAUCAAAUAUUUCCCCAUAUAAAUUUCUUGCUUCAUAUACGUAGGAUGUUUAAAAAAUACUAGCACCACAAAUUUAUGGGUAAUAUAAAAAUAUAAUAUACCUAAAAUUAUAUACACGCGUUCAUCCAUAUUUCAGUAAUCAAAGUGAGAAUGAUUCCAAAAUGAUUUUUUAAUUAUGAUUCCAAAACAAACAGAAUUUAUUCUGUUAUACUGUAAAAAUUUAUAGUAUAACAGAAUUAUAAUACUAUAGUGCAUUUUAAAAUUUUUUUUUGUAUUGCCUUUAAAUUCAAAAAUAUCUUAAAAUUCCAAAUGUAGUAUUUCCAAUUCCGAAUUUUAUUUAACUAUACCUUUAUAUAAGUCUCUAUAUAAUUAAAUUCAAUUAUGCAUAAUUAUAAAUUUCACACAUUAAUU